AUGGAGACGACACUCCUCACCCAUAUCGCCUCACAGACUGCCUCCAACAUCGAUUUUCUCGUCGCCAACGGGUACGUCACCCAAACAGAGGCAGCCGGCCUGCAGAGAAAACUAUCCUCCCUCCAAUCAACAUCAACACCAGCGUCUGUUCGUCCGCCCGCCGUUAGGUCGCCCUCCAUCCCGCCACCUCCACCAGCAGCACCUGCACCAACCGUCGUCCAAGCCAAAGCACUCUGGGCAUACAACCUCGACGCCUCUGACCCCGACGACCUCUCCUUCGCGGCUGGGGACAUCAUCACCAUCAUCGAGGAGACCAACGCGGACUGGUGGCUUGGCGAGCACAACGGCUGCAGGGCCCUCUUCCCCGCGAACUAUGUCGAGAAGAUCACCGCGCCUGCACCUGCACCUGCAGCUAGGACUCUUCCUCCCGUGUAUAUCCCGCCUACGGGUGGUCGAUCCGUCCCUCCCGCUCCCGCUGCGACGCAGAAGAAAGAGUACAAACCCUUCAUGGCUGCCCACUCAGGCUCCAACGUCCCUCCGCCUCCUGGGGCAGGUACGAACUCUGUUGGUCUCCAGCAGGACCCUGGUCAGGAUGGGAAAAAGAGCAAGUUUGGGAAAGGCUUCGGUGCUGGUGCUGCUAUUGGUGGAGGGCUUGUUAGAGCGAUAUUCUGA